AUGCUCCUUUCACACAAAUCCGACCCAGAAGACAACGUGCAGGCCAUCCGUCUCCACCCCUCCCGCGACUCUUCUACCCCGUACUCCCCCACCAACCCAGCCCCCACCUCAGCCCUAACCCUCGACACCAACAUCCCCAUCCUCCAACCCUCCAAGCCCGACGAGAUCCUUGUCCGCGUCAAAGCCACCACCGUCGUCCGCGACGCCCUCACAUGGCCCGAGACCUACGCCCACGAGUACGCCAUCCCGGGCCACGACCUCGCCGGCACCGUGGCGACCGUGUAUUCCGACUCCAACUCCCCAUUCAAGCCCGGUGAUGAGGUCUUCGGCAUGACGCAUGCCGAUCGAGGGUCCGCGUGGGCUGACUACGUCCUCGUCAAGGCUAGCGAGAUCGCGUUGAAGCUCGCCAAGCUGUCGUGGGAGGAGGCGGCUGCUGUGCCGUUGAGCGCGCAAACGGCUUACGAGGCACUCUUUGUGCAUGCGGGUGUUCCAUUGCCGUCCUCAUCGGCAUCUGCACCUGUGUCUGAGUCUAAUGAUGCGCCUAACACGCCCACGAAGAGCCAGAGCCAGACGAUUCUCUUCACCGGCGCCGCCGGCGGAGUGGCCGGUCUACAUGUCGUGGCGGCGAGCAGCUCGAAUGCGCGCAAUGCGUCAUUUCUGCGCGAUCUAGGCGCCCACAAGACGCUUGAGUAUGCAGAUCUUCUUCGUGCAGGCCGGGAUCGGAUCAACACGGAUACAGCUACAGAGACAGACACCGAGACAACGUACGAUAUAAUUAUUGACACAGUCGGCGGGGACGUGUUAGUUGGAUGCUAG